AUGACCGUGAAAGCCGGCGAGCCCACCAACCCGCUCAACAAUGGCGAGGACAUCGCUUACCUCUACCUUACGUUCGAGCGGACUUUGCCGCAAGCAAAUACCACCAUCUUACACCAUUCCACUACGGCGGAUGUAGCGCGAGGCAAAGAAGCACAGGCACACGCCCCGCCAGAUCUCUCGCCGUACGAAAACCCAAUGGGCUGGCCCGGCUCGCGCAAGUACCUGAUGCUCUUCUUGUCGUGUAUCGCCACCUUCCUGACCGCCUACACGUCGGGCUCAUACUCGCCGCCGCUGCACCUGAUGGAGACAGACCUGGGCGUGACCUCGGAUGUUGCAGUCUUGGCGGGGAUUACGACAUUCUGUGCCGGCUUCGCCUUUGCCCCCAUGGUGCUGGCGCCCCUGUCCGAGAUGAACGGGAGGUACCCGCUGUUUGUGGCGGCGGGGACCGUGUACGUCAUAUUUCAGGCCGUGUGCGGCGUCGUGCGUACCCUGGCCGGCAUGCUGGUGGCUCGGUUCCUCGUUGGCGUGGGCGCCUCCGUCUUCAGUACCAUGGUGGGUGGCGUCAUCGCCGACAUGUGGGACAAGGAAGGCCGCAACACUCCCAUGGCCCUUUUUAGCGGCUCCGUCCUGGUCGGCACUGGCGCGGGGCCCCUUGUGGCCGCCGUUAUGGCACACCGACUGGGCGAAGGCCGCCAUGCCGGCGAACACCUGGGCAAUGCCACCCCCUGGAAGUGGGUGUUUUGGCACCAGGUCAUCGCCGGCGCCGUGGUUAUGCUGGCGCUCGUCGUCCUGUUCCGCGAGAGCCGCGGGUCUGUCCUCUUGUCGAGGAAGGCGAGGGCCUUGAACAAGUGGUACGAGCAGCUGGAGGCUGAGGGAUUCUAUGGCAUCUGGCUGAAGCCGGAGCCUGGUGAAUCGUUGACAGCUCUCACGGAACAGGCCGUCUCCCCUUCUCUUUCUCAAGUGGUCUUGGAGGUAGCACCUGCGACAUGGCCGCUCCGCCGUAUCCGCUGGCUUGUCAAGGAAGACGAGGAACGCUCCUCGGUCACCAAGAUGAUCACUAUCUCGGUCUACCGGCCCUUCCUGCUUCUGUGCACCGAGUCGGUCAUUUUCUUCUUCUCCCUGUGGGUGGCCUUUGCCUGGGGCGUGCUGUACUUGACGUUUGCGUCGAUUCCCAUCACAUUCCAGCGCCAGUACAACUGGAGCAUCGAGCAAGCAGGCUAUGUGUUCACUGCCAUGAUGGUUGGCGCUGUCCUCGCGACAGUCAUUGGAAUCUGGCAAGAAAAAAUUCUGCAUCACCCCUAUUGGGCCGCGCAGCCGCCGUCUUCCGUCUCUGACCUCGGUGGCACGGGUGCGACGUCCGCCGCCACCACUUCGGAUAGCUCUGACGGCGAGGCGCCUCCUCCCGCCGGCUUCAAACAUCCUCGCAGCGGCACUGACGAAGAGGCACGCGGCGGCCCCUUUUGGCACUUCAUCCGCCAGCGCUUCCCCGCCGACGCGCCCGAGUCGCGCCUCUACUUCACGCUCGUCACGAGCACGUUUCUGCCCGCGGGGCUGUUCGUGUUCGGCUUCACCGCGCGCCCGGACACGCACUGGAUCGCCCCGUCCAUCGGCAUCGCUCUGGCCACCAUGGGCAUCCUCAGCAUCUACCUCGCCGUCUUCAACUACUUUGCCGACACGUACGGCAAGUUCGCCUCGUCGGCGCUUGCCGCCCAGUCCUUUUGCCGCAAUAUCCUUGGGGGCGUGUUCCCGCUGGUCACCGGCGUGCUCUUCCGCAACCUGGGCGAGGCGCGCGCCGGCGGCUUGCUGGGCGCCAUUGCCACGGCGCUGACGGCCGUGCCGUGGGUGCUGGUCUUCUUUGGCGAGAGGAUCAGGGCGCGCAGCCCGUUUGCUUGUGUGAGUCCUUCCUUUGAGUUCCUUCCUUUGUCUUGCUUUUGA